AUGUCGUCUUCAAAUACUUAUACAAUCCAUCCAAGUUUUGAAAAAAGAAUCCAAUCUUCUGCCGUGAGAGAAUGUAUUCAGGUAAUUUUGAGUGAUCAUUUAGGAGAUAAAGAUUACUCGAGAAGUGAUGUCUCUUCUUGGACUAGAAUCAUUUCCGAAAAAGUUCGUAACAAAAUUAAAGAACUAGGAGAAGACAAACGCUAUAAGACGGUCGUUCAAGUUAUAAUUGGAGAAAUGCGUGGAGAAGGUGUGAAAAUUGGUAGCAGGUGUCUUUGGGAUGCAGAUACGGACAACUGUUUUACGGAAUCAUUCAGAAACGACACGUUGUUCUGUGUUGUUGCAGUCUUUGUUAGCUAUUAUUAUUAA